AUGGCGUCCGAUCUAGAUACCCUCAUUGACAUGGGCUUCGAGCGGGCCCGAGCUGAGCUCGCCGUCAAGAAGUCCGGAGGCUUGCAGGGAGCCCUGCAGUGGCUGGAAGACAAUCAGGACAAGUCAUUGGAGGAGAUCCAGGCUGCCCAGGCCGCGGCAAAAGACGACGAAGAGGACGAGGACGAGACCAAGGCCAAGAUUGCCGCGCUGGAGUCGGGCGAGUCGGCCAAGUCCCUGGUCUGCAACGAGUGCGGGAAGCGGUUUAGGAACCACGACCUCGCCAGCUACCAUGCCACCAAGACCGAGCACACAGACUUCUCCGAGUCAACGGAGGAAAUUGCCCCCUUGACCGAAGAGGAGAAGAAGGCGAAACUUGCCGAACUGAGAGAGCGACUCAAGGCAAAGAAGGCUUCCCAGGCCGAGCAGGACAAGGAGGAUGCCAAGCGCAACGAGAAAAUAAGACAAAAGUCUACAAAGGAAUCUCAGGAAGCAAAGGAGGAGCUCGCGCGCAAAGAGCAAAUCAAGGAAGCCAUGCAGAAGAAGAGAGAGAAGCUUGAAGAGAUGGAGGCCAAGAAGCGCAUCAAGGCCAAGAUUGAAGAAGACAGGGCCGAACGCCGCCGCAAGGCCGAAGAGGCAAAGGCCGCUCGCGAAGGCAGAGCUCCCGAGGCCGCUGCUUCUUCAUCUUCUUCCGCUGCUGCUGCUCCCGCUGCGGCGCCCCCACGACCCAAGGCAGAUCACACAGAGGCGAAGCUGAAGCUGCAGACGGAUGCCGGCAACGUCAUGAAGACGCUGCCGGCGGAGACGACGCUGUUUGAGCUUGCGCAGCAGUUGGAGGGCGAGAUUGGCAAGCCGGUGACGACGUUUACAAUGACGUUUCCCAGGAAGACGUUCCAGGGGGAUGUGGAUAUGUCCAAGACGCUCAAGGAGGCUGGACUUGUGCCUUCGGCUGUGCUCAUUGUGAAAUAG